CGAUCAUAGACAAAAAUAUCUAUGGUAGUGAGUACCUGUAAAAUCACCAAAUCUGUAUCUUUAGUUUAGUCAACAAAAUGGCUACGACCAAUGACUCAAAGGCGCCAUUGCGCCAAGUAAAAAGAGUACAAUUUGGUAUAUUAUCUCCAGAUGAAAUCCGACGUAUGUCAGUCACAGAAGGGGGGAUACGCUUCCCCGAAACAAUGGAAGGUGGAAGACCCAAGCUUGGAGGACUUAUGGAUCCUCGACAAGGGGUGAUUGAUAGGAGUUCCAGAUGCCAGACUUGUGCUGGAAACAUGACAGAAUGUCCUGGACAUUUCGGACACAUUGAUCUGGCAAAGCCAGUGUUUCACAUAGGUUUUAUAACAAAGACAAUAAAAAUAUUAAGAUGCGUUUGUUUUUAUUGUUCAAAAUUGCUAGUGAGCCCGACUAAUCCAAAAAUAAAGGAAGUUGUUAUGAAAUCAAAAGGACAGCCACGUAAAAGAUUGACAUAUGUAUAUGACUUGUGUAAAGGUAAAAAUAUAUGUGAAGGGGGUGAAGAUAUGGAUAUAGGGAAAGAAGGAGAAGAAGGCAAAAGAGGAUCAGGCCAUGGUGGGUGUGGUCAUUAUCAGCCAUCUAUCAGGCGACAAGGGUUAGACCUUACAGCAGAAUGGAAGCAUGCUAAUGAAGAUACUCAGGAAAAGAAAAUUACUAUAACAGCAGAAAGAGUAUGGGAAAUUCUCAAACAUAUCACAGACGAAGAAUCUUUCAUAUUAGGCAUGGAUCCCAAAUUUGCUAGACCUGACUGGAUGAUAGUUACAGUACUUCCUGUUCCACCAUUGUCAGUAAGACCUGCUGUAGUUAUGUUUGGUGCUGCUAAAAAUCAAGAUGAUCUGACUCACAAACUUUCUGACAUAAUAAAGGCAAACAAUGAAUUAAUGAGAAAUGAACAGUCUGGAGCAGCGGCCCAUGUGCUUGCUGUGAAUAUCAGAAUGUUACAGUUUCAUGUUGCCACAUUUGUGGAUAAUGAUAUGCCUGGUAUGCCAAAAGCUAUGCAGAAGUCUGGUAAACCUUUGAAAGCUAUAAAGGCACGUCUCAAAGGAAAAGAGGGCAGAAUUAGAGGAAAUCUUAUGGGAAAACGUGUGGACUUUUCAGCUCGUACUGUCAUUACACCUGAUCCAAAUUUACGUAUUGAUCAAGUUGGUGUACCACGAUCAAUUGCACAAAAUUUAACAUUCCCUGAAUUAGUGACUCCUUUUAAUAUUGACAGAAUGCAGGAACUUGUUAGGAGAGGAAAUGCACAAUACCCUGGAGCUAAAUAUAUAGUACGAGACAAUGGUGAAAGAAUAGAUUUAAGAUUUCAUCCCAAACCAUCUGAUUUGCACUUACAAUAUGGUUAUAAAGUGGAACGCCAUUUACGAGAUGAUGAUCUCGUUAUUUUCAAUCGACAGCCUACAUUACAUAAAAUGAGUAUGAUGGGUCACAGGGUCAAAGUAUUGCCUUGGUCAACAUUUCGUAUGAAUUUGAGUUGUACGUCCCCAUACAAUGCUGAUUUUGAUGGAGAUGAAAUGAAUUUGCAUGUACCACAGUCUAUGGAAACUCGUGCGGAGGUUGAAAAUAUUCACAUUACACCAAGACAGAUUAUUACUCCACAAGCUAACAAACCUGUAAUGGGUAUUGUGCAGGAUACUUUGACAGCUGUAAGAAAAAUGACAAAACGCGAUGUCUUUUUAACAAAAGAACAGGUAAUGAAUCUACUGAUGUUCCUUCCCACAUGGGAUGGCAAAAUUCCACAACCCUGCAUUUUAAAACCACAACCUUUAUGGACUGGAAAACAAAUAUUUACUCUUAUUAUUCCUGGUAAUGUAAAUAUGAUUAGAACCCAUUCUACACAUCCUGAUGAAGAAGAUGAUGGACCAUAUAAAUGGAUUUCACCAGGAGACACUAAAGUAGUGGUGGAACAUGGAGAGCUUCUUAUGGGAAUCUUAUGUAAGAAGUCACUUGGUGCUUCAGCUGGUUCUUUGCUGCAUAUUUGCAUGUUAGAAUUAGGCCAUGAAGUAGCAGGACGAUUUUAUGGAAAUAUUCAAACAGUAAUUAAUAACUGGCUUUUAUUGGAGGGUCAUUCUAUUGGUAUCGGUGACACUAUUGCUGAUCCACAGACAUAUCAAGAGAUUCAGCGUGCUAUUGUGAAGGCCAAAGAUGAUGUCAUAGAAGUUAUUCAGAAAGCUCACAACAUGGAAUUAGAGCCUACACCUGGUAAUACUCUCAGACAAACAUUCGAAAAUCAAGUAAAUCGUAUUUUGAAUGACGCUCGUGACAAAACUGGUGGUUCAGCUAAAAAAUCCUUGACAGAAUAUAACAAUCUGAAGGCUAUGGUAGUAGCUGGUUCUAAAGGUUCAAAUAUUAAUAUUUCUCAAGUUAUUGCUUGUGUGGGUCAACAAAACGUUGAAGGUAAACGAAUUCCAUUUGGAUUUCGGAAGAGAACUUUGCCGCACUUUAUUAAAGAUGACUAUGGUCCAGAAUCCAGAGGAUUUGUAGAAAAUUCUUAUCUUGCUGGGUUAACGCCAUCCGAGUUUUAUUUCCACGCUAUGGGAGGUCGUGAGGGUCUCAUUGAUACAGCUGUCAAAACUGCCGAAACAGGGUAUAUUCAGCGUCGUCUUAUAAAGGCUAUGGAGUCCGUAAUGGUACAUUACGAUGGGACAGUUCGUAAUUCUGUUGGCCAACUUAUUCAGUUAAGAUAUGGUGAGGACGGAUUGGCUGGUGAAACAGUAGAAUUCCAAAAUCUUCCUACUGUGAAAUUGUCUAACAAGGCAUUUGAAAAGAAAUUCAAAUUUGAUCCUUCAAAUGAGAGAUAUCUCAAGAGGAUUUUCAAUGAAGAUAUUAUUAAAGAAUUAACAGAGUCAGGUUAUGUUAUUGCUGACCUAGAAAGUGAAUGGGAACAAUUAUCUAAAGACAGAGAAAUUCUUCGCCAAAUUUUCCCCAGUGGGGAGUCAAAAGUUGUGUUGCCUUGUAAUUUUAAACGAAUGAUCUGGAAUGUACAAAAGAUUUUCCACAUAAACAAAAGAAUGCCAACAGAUUUAAGUCCAAUAAAAGUUAUACAAGGUGUAAAAGACCUUCUUAAAAAGUGUGUGAUUGUGGCAGGAGAAGACCGUUUAUCUAAACAAGCUAAUGAGAAUGCAACAUUGUUGUUUCAAUGUUUGGUCAGGUCUACCUUAUGCACUAAAUUUGUAUCUGAAGAAUAUAGAUUGUCUAGCGAAGCUUUUGAGUGGCUAAUAGGAGAAAUAGAAACCCGUUUCCAACAAGCCCAAGUAAAUCCUGGUGAAAUGGUUGGUGCAUUGGCUGCUCAGUCUCUUGGUGAGCCUGCUACUCAGAUGACAUUGAACACUUUCCAUUUUGCUGGAGUAUCGUCUAAAAAUGUAACCCUUGGUGUGCCACGUCUAAAAGAAAUUAUUAACAUUUCUAAGAAACCAAAAGCACCGUCUUUAACUGUAUUCUUAACAGGAGGUGCUGCUAGAGAUGCUGAAAAGGCUAAAAAUGUUCUUUGUCGAUUAGAGCACACAACAUUGCGAAAGGUUACAGCAAAUACGGCUAUUUACUAUGAUCCUGAGCCGCAAAAUACUGUUAUUGCUGAAGAUCAAGAAUUUGUAAACGUGUAUUAUGAAAUGCCUGAUUUUGAUCCUACUAAAAUAUCGCCAUGGCUAUUACGUAUUGAAUUAGAUCGGAAGAGGAUGACUGAUAAGAAACUUACUAUGGAACAAAUAGCUGAAAAAAUUAAUGCUGGAUUUGGAGAUGACUUAAAUUGUAUUUUCAAUGAUGACAAUGCAGAAAAGCUUGUUUUACGUAUAAGAAUUAUGAAUAAUGAAGAAAACAAAUUCCAAGAUAAUGAUGAAGAAACAGUAGACAAAAUGGAAGACGACAUGUUUUUGAGAUGCAUAGAAGCUAACAUGUUAUCGGAUAUGACAUUGCAAGGCAUAGAGGCCAUAGCAAAAGUGUACAUGCAUUUGCCUCAAACAGAAGCCAAAAAGCGAAUUAUUAUUACAGAACAAGGAGAAUUUAAGGCUAUUGCUGAAUGGUUACUUGAAACUGAUGGUACUUCAUUAAUGAAAGUACUCUCGGAACGUGAUGUUGAUCCUAUCAGAACUUUCAGUAACGACAUUUGUGAAAUAUUCCAAGUAUUAGGCAUUGAAGCUGUACGUAAAUCAGUAGAGAAGGAAAUGAAUGCGGUUUUGCAAUUCUAUGGUUUAUACGUGAACUACCGUCAUCUUGCCUUGCUUUGUGACGUUAUGACUGCAAAAGGUCAUCUCAUGGCUAUUACACGUCACGGCAUUAAUAGACAAGAUACGGGAGCCUUGAUGAGAUGUUCCUUCGAAGAAACGGUGGACGUGUUGUUGGAGGCAGCCGGCCAUGCUGAAGUCGAUCCCAUGAGAGGUGUAUCAGAGAACAUUAUUAUGGGACAAUUGCCGAGAAUGGGAACUGGAUGUUUCGAUUUACUACUUGAUGCUGAGAAAUGCAAGCACGGAAUGGAGAUGGGAGGACUUGGAGUUGGAAUGGGAGUUGGUGGUGGAAUGUACUUUGGUGUUGGAACACCAUCCAUGACACCCCUUAUGACUCCAUGGUCUACACAGAACACACCUGGAUAUGGCAGUAGUGUCUGGUCUCCAGGUCAAGUUGGCAGCAGUAUGACGCCUGGUGGCCCAUCAUUCUCACCUUCUGGUGCAUCAGAUGCAUCUGGAUUGUCGCCAGCAUACAGCGCAUGGUCUCCUCAACCUGGAUCUCCAGGCUCUCCUGGGCCGCCGCUGUCGCCCUAUGCAUCUCCAGCAGGAGCGUCUCCAUCGUAUUCACCUACAAGUCCUGUAUAUGCGCCAGCUUCUCCCAGUCUAACACCGACAUCGUCACAUUACCCUCCGACCAGUCCUUCAUACUCUCCUACAUCUCCGAACUAUUCUCCUACUUCACCUAUAUAUUCGCCAACUUCUCCAAGUUAUUCGCCCACAUCACCUGGUUAUUCGCCCACGUCUCCUUCUUACUCGCCAACAUCACCUAGCUAUUCACCGACUUCUCCUAGUUACUCACCUACUAGUCCAGCUUAUUCUCCAACUUCCCCAAGUUAUUCACCCACAUCACCUAGUUACUCACCAACUAGUCCGUCAUAUUCGCCGACUAGUCCAUCAUAUUCUCCAACAAGUCCAUCAUAUUCUCCAACAUCCCCUGGUUACUCGCCCACGUCUCCUAGCUAUUCUCCAACAAGCCCAGUUUAUAGUCCAGCUUCGCACAGUUACUCACCAUCUUCACCAAAUUAUACCCCGACAUCCCCUGCUUAUUCACCAACGAGUCCUUCUUAUUCACCAACAUCUCCGGCAUAUUCUCCAACUUCACCAAAUUAUUCGCCUUCAUCACCAAAAUACACACCGACGUCACCAAAUUAUUCACCUACAUCGCCGUCACUUGCUGGUGGCAGUCCUACUUAUUCACCUACGAGCCCGCAAUAUUCACCUACAAGUCCUCAGUAUUCUCCUACUAGUCCAGCAUAUUCACCGUCGUCUCCGCAACACCCUGGAAGUAUGCGUUAUUCGUCCUCACCAAAUUAUUCUCCAUCGUCACCGAAUUAUUCGCCGUCAUCGCCGGGCUAUUCACCAUCAUCGACAAAGUAUUCGCCGACAUCCCUAACUUAUACCCCAACAUCUCCUAACUAUUCACCUUCAUCUCCUGCGUAUUCUCCAAAUUCCGCUGGUCCCUCAACAUACUCCCCCAAUUCGCCUACAUAUUCUCCGACUUCACCUGUCUACGACGAUAGUGACGAUUAAGUAUCAAUUAACUCGCCUACAUUUUUAUUAUAUUAUAUACUUUUUUUAAAAUAUUGUAUUUAGUUUCAUUACGUUAGUUAUGAAUACGUUGGAAAAUGGGACUUGUAUUAUUCGAUAUUCUACCUAGAAAGAGAUUCAAAAUGAUUUAAAUGCUAUUAAAUAUUUUGCAAUUUACUUAAUUUUUAAAAUAAUUAUAUUUAGUUAAUGUUGUUAUAUAAUAAGAGUUAAUAUACACGUGACUAUCUUUGUUAAUAUUAGGAGUAUAAUGUUCAUAUAAUUUUGGAUUUGGAAUAAUUCCUAUUUUUGAUAGAUCGAGGUAAAGAAUUUAAGCUAGAUUUAAUUAGGUUAUAGUAAAUUUGUCUUAUAAUUAUUAUGAAGUGAAAUUAAAAUAUAAAUAAUUAUAA